CGCAUGGGCCUAAAAAUGCAUCGAAGGCUAACACUUAUGCCAGUGAAGCCCUUCGACAUUCACCUGAUAACCAUGCUUCUCCAUUCAAGAGAUAUACUAUAGUCAAUAUGCGAAAAAGAGGAGAACCCUUUAAUCAGGCAAAUCCAUUCUACAUCUUCGAUGAAAAACUAAUAAUAAAUUUUUUGGAAGAUGAGUUAGAUGUUGUUUAUUAA